AUGCUUGUUGUGACCUCCCUCGAUUCGCACACUUCAAAACAGUUGUUGCGGUUGAACGAAUCAACGGUCGUAGCUACUGGCGAGGAUGAGAUUGACGAUGAAGUGACCUCAACUGCGCCAACAAACAAGACACAAAAUUGUUCCCUAUCACUAGCGGAAUUUGUGAUAUACUUCUACGUGCAGACCAUCAUUUGUUUCAUCGGUUUUGUACUGAAUUUGGUCAAUCUGGCUGUGUUUCGGAGACCACAGUUCUCCGGAGCUGCUUACACGUAUAUGACGGCUAUGUCCGUCGCGGAUGCCAUGACCCUGUUGAAUUACAUGCCGGUAGGACUACUUCGCUGUACAGGUUAUUUCCCGUACUGCCAAAACGCGUCGUUCAAAGCAUUCAGAACAGCGGUUUUUUACUAUAACGCCUAUGUGACGUUUGCUGUGAACAACAUGUCCGAGGCAGCCAGUGUGUGGUUCACUGUGCUCCUAUCGAUCGAACGUUACAUGGCCAUGCGUCAUCUUGGCGUCAGUUUCCGUGUUCGGAAAAAGCGAUCACCCGCCUGCUGCGAGAAACCAACAUCAGUGAUGUUUUCUCAGGACUAUAAUUCAGAUGUUUUGGAGCAGCAGAUCAAUAUGGAUAUGACUACUCUGAAACAGUCAUCGGAUCAGAACAGCAGAGAUAACAGGGCAUGGAAUUUGGGGCGAAGAAUUCAACGAAUGUGGCAUGGCACGAAACAAACAUAUUACCGUUCCAGUUGUCCCCGAUGUCGUCCCCGUAUACCAGUAUCUUUUCGCAAACUAGAUGUACGCUAUUCAAUUAUUGCUGUUACUGUGUUGAGCAUAGUCCUAAAUGUCCCGUUCUUCUUUGCUCAAGCAGUCAAAGAUGUUAGUCAUUCCACUAGCCCGGUGAUGGUGAACAGCACAAUGCGGAAUGACACCGCCCCCACGAAUCAGAAUCAAACCACUUCCACCAGCUUGACCGGUGAAUACCCGACCAACACUCCUCCUCCUUCUACCAGCAGUAAACUUCGCAUUGAAAUGACUCAAUUCGGACAGUCCGAGUUCUACAAAGCUUUCACGUGGUUCAAAAUUAUUCUCGUGCAAAUACUGCCCCUCGUGUUUCUAUGUAUCGCCAAUUUCCGGUUAUUUCAAUUCAUUCAUCUGGCCGGACACCGUAGACAACAAGUUCUGGCCGGGAUUCCGGCUGAUUCGUACGAUCGAACGAAUCGACAAACGCACAAACGGAAGUUGGUCGGGAAACACAAACAGAAUGUGCGCAAUCCGAUGGUGAACGGCGGUUCCAGUUCCCGAUGGCAAACAGCACAGCUCAAAUUGACCAUACUCCUAAUUGUGAUUGUCGCCUUGUUUGUUGCUGGCCAGAUUCCCCANUCGUUUGCUUAUGUGGAAAUCUACAAUGCGUUCAUCCGACCGCUGCACAAUUCCUGCUCACCCCUAUACUGUUGUCGUCCAUAUCAAAUCUACCGUGCGGUGGCAAACACAUCAUGCCUAUUCACAUAUGCAGUGAAUUUUUUCGUCUACCUCAUAUUGAAUAAACAUUUUCGGAAGCAAUUGCGCGUCUGGCUCAGACCAGUUUGUCCAUGUUGUAUUCACACCAGUAUCAAACCUCCGCAUCGUCCACGCACAAGCCUGUCCACGACACAACAUCCGGUUCGAAAAGGAUCACAAACCAUGCCUGCAAACAUGUUUGUUCCGAGCAAUUGCAGUCGUGUGAGCAGAGGUCUAAGUUAUCAACUAGACCCUAUGGACUAUCCAUCUGAAGCAGUUUCCGCACCAGUUGCUUACGGGAUAUUGCAAGACUAUGUUUCAACGUCUCAUCAAUCAAAUCCCGAUGAAAAACGAGCAUGCUCGUACCUGUUUCGCACACUUAGGCACACUUGUCUUCCUAAUCGACCAUUACGUUCCAUCACAUAUCAGACGAAUUGUUCCAACACAAACGGGAACCAUCGACUGAACACAACGCGAGUUCAAAGUGAACAGCCAAUACAGCACCGAAACUAUCUCACUGAGAUACAGUUUGUUUCUGGUCGGAAACCGUUUAUCAGUAAAAGUUACAAAGCGUGCUACUCGUACGAUUCUAUCCUGAAAAAAGUUGUGGUCGAACGUGAUUUGUGCCUGCAUUAUGCUACAUCUUCCGGCCUAGAUCCGAACAGCUCGUCAACCAAAACUGCCCAUUCCCAAGGACAGUAUGCUUCAUUGACACACAGUUCUAAAACGUUCAUCAAGUUCGAUUCGCAUCAGGGCCCGGCAACUAAGGGCCACUCACUUACCCAAAUCGGUCCUGGUCCAAACAAUGUGUGUGAAACAAGAGAAAGCGUAUCCAGUCCGGCAUUCACCGCGUUUCCCGCAUUCCCGACAGAUUCGUACAGCUCAUGUUCCCACCUGUUUUCCCCAAUCGCGUAUCAAGAAAGUGAUUUCGACGUGAUCUCGGUUGACGAAUCGCUCGAUUUGGAUCAAAAAGCUUACAAUAGUGCUGUGUGA